AUAAGAGACCUCUGUGAAGACAAUGGUAACUAAAUGCAGGCCGUCCCGUUAAGACGGAGGCUUGCGUACCCUGAUUACAUGUAACCUUUCAUCAGCCGUCAUCGGCAAAAAGCAAGUACGUCAGUAAGCAGAGGAAAGAUGGCUACGAAUGUUGCUCCUGAAUGUCAGUAUUUUUACGAGGAUGUCAUUUAUCGCGUGGACAAAAAAGGCAACGUCGUUUUCGGUAUCAUCAUGGAAAACGAUGAUCAGGAUAUGUCCGACGAGAGCUCGGAUGGAGAGGAAAGUCCUAAAAGAAAAAAGGGUGAGAUCCGUGUUGUCUGGCAUCCGUCUGGAGAUGAAGAAUUAAUAAAUUCUAAAAAGGUGCAUUUAGCUGAUAGGACAUUAAUGCCAGGUGAUGUUGUGCGUCGUAUGAUUAAAGGAAAAGAUACGCAAAGAGGAUAUUGUAGAGAUAUCGAGCUUACUGCGUGCAUCCAAAUUAUCGGCACUAAGCAAGUUCUUACCAAUAUUAGGAGCGAAGAUUUAGUUCCUUUAGAAGAAUUUGCUACAGAAAUUGCAGUUUGUAUGGAUUCGUGGGUAGGUGGAAUUAAAAUGACACAUUUCAAAGUUUGGGUAGCUACACCUGAUGGAUCUCGUUGUGUUAUCAAUGAAAUGGAUUCACGUGCAUUAGGACAACUAGAAGAAAAACGGGAUAAUGACAACGAUUUUCCUCAUUCUACUGAAUUUUAUCCUGGUCAAAGUUUAUGGGGUCCUAUUCACUGCCUUGAACAAGCACAAUGGAUUCAUUGUACGAAAGAAAUGAAAGUAAAAAGAAAAACAAAACCAUUGAAAAUAACCAAAGUAAUCGUAGAGAAAGUUGAAACAGAUUGGGUAGGAGUCCAAUGGCAAUGUAGAGCAUAUUCAAAAGAUGGAGCUUGGUCUGAUCAAGCUCAACCUAAAUUUGUAGUCGAAGGAGAGGAUUUAAAAAAGUUAAAGUUACUUAAUGUCUUUGAACCAUCUACAUUACAAGUUGGUGAUCGUAAUUAUUAUGUAAUUAAGGGCAAUGAAAAUGUUAUAACUCGAGAACAAUGGAAAAAACAACAAAGAGAUAUUUUUCAAGUUCCUAAGCAUAGCCCAAAAAAAAUACGUCCCAAUAUUAAUAUCACAAAACCAGCUGAUGAUAAAACAACGAAUGAUAAAAAAGUUGAAGAGAGAAAAAAGGGAAAAGAAAAAGAAAAUGUGAGUGAAGAAUCCGUAGAAGAUAGUACACAAAACAAUAUUAAUAAUUUACAAAAUAUUACAAGUAGUAAUACAUUAAUGCCACCUCCACAAGUACAAAAUACUGAAAGUUCAGAUGAUUGGGAUACAGAAGAUACUGGUUCUCAAAGUGACACUGGUUCGAUAUCUAGUGGAUGUUCCAGUAUGUCAUCUAUGGGUAAAAAGAAAAAAGGUCCUGCAUUAAUGACAAAAGUAUUGAAAAAGAAGAAACUAUGCAAAGCCAAAAAAAAAGUACCACCAGCUCCAUUAAUUCCAGGAACCAAGAUAGUUGUGGAAACACUCUCCACCAAUACAAAAGCUAAUGUUGUGUGGCAAGAUGGUUCUGUAGAAUUUGGUAUUCCAUCAACACAGUUAUAUCCGAUUCAUCAUUUGGACGAUAAAGAAUUUUUCCCAGGUGAUUUUGUUUUAGAUCAAAAAGAAGAAUCUCGAAUGUAUGGUGUUGUACAAAGUGUUGAUCAUCAAGGUCGAACCGCUAAAAUAAAAUGGUUUAGAACAUAUACUUGUAGUCAAACUCCACAACCAACUUUAUUAGAAGAACGUGAAGUAAGUGUUUAUGAUUUGAAGGAUCAUCCUGAUUUUCAAUAUAGACCCGGUACAGUGGUAAUACGUAUAGCUAAUUUUGAAGGAGAAGACGCAGGAUGUACUGCUGGACAAGUAUUGGAUAAUUAUCCAGAAGGUCGUGUUAAAGUAUGGUGGGUCGAUGGACAUAUUAGUAUGUGCUGGCCACAAGAUUUAUACAAAGUUGGUGAAUAUGACAGUGAUGAAGGAGAACUUUGGGAUGAUGUAUCAUCAGAUGCUUCAUGGGAAACUGAGUUAGAAGAUUGUUUCAUUGCUGAUACUGAUACAACAGAGCAAACCGAGCUAGAAAUUAUAAAACCAAAGUUAGCUGCACACAUUGAAAAAGCUAGAAUCGCAAUGUCGAGAUUAGAAGAACUUUUUACACAAAAUCCGUCAUUGCAAACUACAGAAGUAAUGCGAAAAUUGCUGGAAGUUUAUAAAGACUGUCGAUAUAUGGAUAAACUUAUGGGUACAUCAUUUUUCCAUGAAAGUCAUUUUCAAGGAUUACUCGAACGUGUAAGAGAACGUGGAAGAGCAAAUGUAGCACAACGAAUGGCAGAUCAAGUAACAAGACUGUUUACUCAAAAAUCUGAUGGAUCAGAAGAAGAAAAUGUAAGUAAAGACAAUCCAAAUAUUACUCAAAAUACUCCUUGUACUAUAGAAAGAAUAGUAACUAAUGUAAUGGACGUAGCGACAACAGCUAGCAAUAAAAAUAAUGAAGAUGAUAAUAAUAAAAAACAGAACAAAGAGGAAGCAGAAUCAAAUAAUCGAUUGUUGAUUAAUGUCAAUCCCUAUCCUGAAGAUUCUGGAUUAUAUUCUGCUGAGAACUCGAAAAAAGAAUCGGGUUCUAGUGACUCUAGUGGAGAAUUUUUACUUAGUGAGGAUGUUAAUAACGAACGUUUACCAGCCGCAUUGGCAACCGAAUCAGUAAAAGCAGCAGAAAUAGAUAAAAGUUCAAAAAUGCAAACGCACGAAGCAAAUUCUCAUAUUGCUAGUUCACACGUUUGUGUAAAACUUUGUACCCUUAUAAAAGCUCAAUUAGUAUUGGCGCAUUCAGAAGUUUCAAAGCGCUUUGGUUUAUCAAAAAUAUCAUUAUCAGAUGCGGCAAAAGGUUCAUCGCCUCAUAAAAAACAAAAGAAAGAAGAAGAAAAACAGAUAGAAAAAUUGUCAGAACCACUCGAAUCUAUAGUAGAUAUCCCACUAUUAAUUUAUGCAGAAGGUGAAGGAUUCUCCAUAGAAGAGACUGCUCCGGAUAGUCAUAAAUUCAAAUUAACAAUGUUCCAACCUACAGAUCCAAGUAAUUUCUUUAGAACGGUUUCGAAAGAAUUGAAACUUUUAAAAAGUUCCCUUCCACCGGGAGUGUGGGUAAAAGGUUUCGAAGAUCGUAUAGAUUUAUAUUCUGUGAUGUUCCGUGGUCCUGAAAAAACACCAUACGAGGACGGACUUUUUCUUUUCGACUUUCAAUUGUCUGCAGACUAUCCUGCUGCUCCCCCGCUAUGUCAUUAUAUUUCUUAUUGUAGUGAAAGACUUAACCCCAAUCUUUAUGAAGAUGGGAAAGUAUGUGUGAGUCUUCUUGGAACAUGGUCUGGCCGUGGAACAGAAGUAUGGACUAGUUCUUCUACUUUACUUCAAGUUAUAGUUUCUAUACAAGGUCUUAUUCUUGUAUCAGAACCUUACUUCAAUGAAGCUGGUUUUGAAAAACAAAAGGGUUCUCAACAAGGCAGAGAAAACUCUAGAAUGUAUAAUGAAAUGGUAGUAUUAAAAUUGGUUCAAGCUCAGACUAAAUUAUUGUUACAUCCACCUCUUGUGUUUAAAGACAUAAUUAUAGCACAUUUCAAACGACAUGCAGAAAGAUUAUUACAACGAUUAGAUCUUUGGAUGGAGAUAUCUGAACAACAUAAUAAUCAACAUCCAUUAUCUCCAGUUACACCAACCACAUUUAAGGAAAUUUCAGAAAUUGAUGACAAAAUUCUGCCUGAAUUUCCUUUGAUACCGGCUUCAAGAGGUUUUUGUAUCACACUUAGAAAAACAUUGGCAACAUUUAAAGAUGUACUUAUUAAAGAAAGUAUACUACAAAAGACAAGCAAUUUACCAAAUUAUACAAGAGAAACAAUAAAUAAUACUAUUCAAGAACAUCAAAACAUAAGGACAAAUAUAGAAAACAAAGAAUCGGAAAACGAUACCAGCAGGAGCUGUGUACAAGCUCAAGAUAGUAAAUCAUUAUCAAAUGGCAAUUUAAGAAAGGACUUAAUUUCAUCUUCCCCUGCAAUCCCUCCAAGUGAAAGGAAAAAAAAUUCAUCAGAAAGAAGUACUAGCUAGCCACAAGGUAAACUUAUAUCCAAAUUCAAGCGCAUAAUUUGCGAAAAUUAUACGAAAUUUCGGUAAUAUAUUGAAUUAAUUUAUUAAAUUAGAUCCUACAAAAUGUUUAUGAUAUCUAUUUAUUAAUAUUAACAUUAAUAAUGAGAUAACUCUUAACAAAAAUGCCGCUGUCAUUGCUCCGCAGCUAGGAUAUUGAUAUUGUUUAGUAAUCAUUUAGUAUAAUACAACUGUAAUUGUAUAAGGGACAUAUAUAUAAAAAAAAAAAGUGAUAUGCUAUUCUUGUGCAGUCCUUUGUACAAUUACAAAAAUAAAAUAUAAAAUAAAUAUGUGGUAUAAACCAUUUCGUGAUACACCGGCACCACAUAUAUAUAUAUAUAUAUAUAUAUAUUUAGUUCUAUAAAUCGGCGGCAAUAAACAGCUGCAUUAUUAAACAGAGAAAAAGAUUUGUAAAAGAUAUCUUGAGUAUACAAUAAUACUUCAAUAAAUAAUAAUUCAAUAUAUUGGAUGUUCGAAAUGAUAAUAAAUAAAAGAUAUACUAAUCUUUAGCAAUACGUCGAGCCAACAUGAAAUACUUUGCAAUAGCAUUAAGAGAUAUAUGAUAAUAAUAGUUGUUAAUUACGAGUGAAUUUCAUUGAGUAAAUUUUUAGUAAAAAUUCCUAUCUAUUUAAGAAUAAAUCAUUUAUUAAAUUAUAUUAAAGUCAUUAUGCCAUCCACUAAUGUUACAUUGAAGAAACUAUGAAGUAACUCUAACUGCAGUCAGUAGAUAGUAGUUUAGAGACAACAAUUCAUAUUUAAACAAAAUUAACUGACAGAUAAG